AAUAAAAUAAAGUGAAAUAAAUGUCAUUUUAUUGAAAUUAUUAAAUUUUGAUUAUUUUGUGAUGACUAAAGAAGAUAAACGUAUUGGUAUCAAACAUGAGUGUGAAUUGGAAGCAGAAGAAAAUGAAUUCGCCAUGGCUCGAAUGUGUUCGUGUGGUUGGUGUAUUCAACUCCGACGCUUCCUCUGGUCCUCCAUUUUGAUUUGGCGCAAUGAUUCACGUAGUAUGAGCACAUAUAAAUCGGAAUACAUGAUUCGUCGGGAAAAUGUACGCAAGUUACAGAUGAAAAACAAAGUUAUACAUCCAUUCAGCAUGUUGCGUAAUUUUUGGGAGCUCUGGAUGUGUAUUAUCUUUGGUAUCACAUUCGCAUUGCCACUUAAUCGCUACUUCAGCGUCGAUUUGCAAUAUUUAAGAUAUAUUCUAUCGACUUUUAAUGUGCUGGAUAUUGUAAUGACAUUCAACAGUGGAUAUCAGUGCUCAGAUACAAGACAAAUCGUGUGUCAUCGGGGAUAUAUCGCUGCAAGAUAUUUAAAAACUUGGUUUAUUGUUGAUUUGUUAUCAACACCGAGUUAUUGUUUGUUUAAACCAAGAAUUCUGACAUUUCCGUUUGUCAAAUAUGGACAGUUUUUAAUUUUGUUGAGGUUGCAUACUCUGAUGGCUUAUGCUUUUGAUAUUAAAACAUCUCAUCAAUCGCAUGGAUUCAAAAGCAACAUUAUCCGAUUCUUAAUACCGAUAAUAAUCCUAUUUCUGUGGAUAUCACACAUGUAUUACAUUAUGGACAACCCAAAUCACAUUAACUCAAUAAAAUACUACGAAACGCAUAAAAUGAUGCGCAUAUUUUCAAACAUCUAUCAAAUGGGAUACGCAUAUCACCUUGGAACGAAGCCAUGUUUACUUGACAGCGCAGUAAUUGUCAUUGGGAUUUAUAUUAGAAUUGGUGUUUUUAAAUUGAAUCAAAUGGAUCGAUAUGCAGCAAUAAAACGCAUUCCAGCUUCAAUCCGCAAACGUAUGCAUGUUUAUAUGCAGUAUAAAAUCGCACACGCAAAGUUUCAAGAACCCGCCUUGUUGAAUGAGUUGCCUAAGUCGUUGCAGAGAGAAUUACUCACAUCGUUAUACUCGCAACUGUUACAAAAGUCUCCGAUUUUUCAUGAUUUACCAAUGGAGAUUAUUCUGGAUUUGACUAGUCGCUUAACAAGCAAAUUGUACAUGCCUUCUGAUGUGAUUGUACAAGCUGGAAGUGAAGCUGAUAUUAUGUUUUUUAUUCGCAGUGGAAUAGUUGCAGUAUAUACGCAGUCUGGGAAAGAGAUUUGUCAUUUAAAUGAUGGUAAUUCCUUUGGGGAAUUAAUUGUGAUGGAGAAUGAAGUACGUAAUGCCACCGCUGUUGCAAUCCAUUGGUGUGAUAUGUGUUUGUUGUCACGAGUGGAUUUGCUGAGAGUUUUUAAAAACCAUCCGGAAUUGUUUGCUAAACUACAGCAAGAUGUACAUAAACGUAGCACUAACAUGGGACCAACCGAUGGAUGGUCAACACAAUCAAAUGAGAGUGGAUCGUUGUCUUUGAAUUCAUCAUCAACGACAGUUGUACAUAUCUGAUUAUUUGAAUUCGUUGUAUUUAAAUGUAGGUAAUAUAGGCAACUCAUAUUACAGAAGUAUUUAUAAAAAUUAAACGUUUUGCAUUUAUUUAAAAGAAAAACAAG